CUGCCAGAGAAUUUGUAAGUUUUGGUGUGGAUGCCAAAGCUGAGUUGUGUUUGGGUACGAGAGGUAAUCUGAAAGCUCUUUCCUUUCCUUUAGACCACGUCUUCUUCUUCUUCUUCUUCUUCUUCUUCCUCCUCCUCGUCUCCGUCUUUUCACGCGACUUGUCUUUUUCUUUUUUCAUUUUGGGUUCCUCUAAUAUAUAAAUAUAAUAAUACACUAUCUUUUUUCUUUUUUUUUUCUUUUCAUUGCUCUGUCUGUUUCGCCGUUUGUUGUUCGUAUCGUAAGCUCUUUGGGUUAUGCUAAUCACACGCGAAGUUGACAUCUAGAUUCAAAACAUAGAGAUUCAUAAACUUUUUGGGUACCCAUUUCUGUUGCUCUGGUUUUAAUUUUAUUGCUCGACGUUGGCUUUUUUCUUAAUGUUGGCCGGACUUCUUCCAUGGAGGUUAGCAACCAAAGUUUCUUUCUUUAUUCCUUCUCAUGUGUGAAUAUGUAUAUACAUACGAGGGUCUAAUGUAGUAGCGUUAAAAAUGGUUUCUUUCCUAGUUUGGUUUAUAACAAGUUCUUAGCGAAACAAAUCAGGUAUCUAGCGUUUUUCGGUUUAGGGUCAUUUGUGGGUUUGAAUUUGUUUCUUCUCUUUAGCUGGUUUCGUGAUGGUACCUAAAAACGGCAGCUUUGGGUUUUCGAAAUCCUUUCAUUCAGUAUUGGUUUGUGAUGGAUUCUGAACCUGUUCUUCGUGUCGAAAUGUAUCUGCAUCCUCUUUCAAUGUUAGGGAUUUAAGAUGGAGCCAAUGCAUUCAGAUGAUGACAUGGAAGGUUUUGUCGAUGAAGCCUCCAAGCAACUGAAUUCCCCAUAUCUACGUGGAAUCAAUGGAGAGCCUGAGGUUCUUCCGCGUGUUGGAGAUCAAUACCAGGCAGAUAUCCCUGUUCUAGUCCCAGAAUUUGAUCGUUUCAAGCUCAUUAGAUGCUUUGGAUCAGAGCCUCACCCGCAGAGCCUGGUUACAUUUUGUUUGCCUAUCCCACUUAUGUGGACAAGAAGUGAGAAAUUCAAAAGUUUCCGUGAGGCCGAGAGCGAACAAGAGAACGAUGUUUCCUUGGUAAAAUCUGAACCGGCUGCCAGGAUGAAACCAAGGAGUGUUGUGCUUGCAUUGCCAUGCCAAAGAAAUGCUAAGUUCAAAUUCGUGUGGCUCGAUGAGACCCUCUAUCCAUUCCCUGGGACUAUGGGUGAAUCUUGGGAAGACGCUGAGCAGCAGAGGUUUCUUCUUGGCCUCUACUGUCUUGGGAAAAACCUUGUCUUGGUGCAGAGAAUUGUUGGGAGCAAAAAGAUGGGAGAUAUGCUCUCAUACUAUUACGGCAGAUUUUACAGGUCUAAUGAAUACCGGAGAUGGGUAGAUGGGCGCAAGUUGAGAAGUAGACGCUCUGUUCAGGGCCACAAGUUAUUGACUGGUUGGAGGCAACAAGAAUUGCUAUCUCGGAUCUCGUCUCAUGUAUCUGAGGAAUGCAAGAGUAUGUUGCUCCAGGUAUCUAAAGCAUUUAGAGAAGAUAAGAUUGCACUGGAGGAGUAUGUGUUCACUUUAAAGAAUACUGUUGGUAUCGACAUGCUUACAGAAGCUAUUGGUAUAGGUAAAGGAAAGAAAGAUCUGAGCAACUGCGCGUUAGAGCCAACCAAGUUGAAUCAUGGCAACUCUGAAGUACGAAUACGAAAUGAUCUUCCGAUUGCAGAUAUUGUCAAAUUCUUAACCGGAGAAUAUAGGAUGAGCAAAACCCGGUCCAGUGACCUCUUCUGGGAAGCUGUUUGGCCACGUUUGCUGGCAAGGGGGUGGCACUCUGAGCAGCCGAAAGAUGGUCCAAGGAAUUCUCUUGUUUUUCUCAUACCGGAAGCCAAUAAGUUUUCCAGGAGGAAGAUGUCAAAGGGGAAUCACUACUUUGAUUCUCUCACUGAUGUCUUGAACAAAGUUGCUUUAGAUCCCACGCUUCUUGAGCUCACAACUGAUGAGGAUGGAGAGAAGAAAGAAGAGGUAAUCAAGAAUGACCCGCCCAUAAAUUUAGAGGAGUUUGAUGAUUCUUCACAUGACAGCAAGAAGAAGAAGAACAACAAGAAAAGGUACCUACAGCCACGUAGCAAAACAAGUAAAAGUCAGGAGGUCACGAUGUUUACGAUUGUGGACACCAGUGAGGCGAAUGGAUGUACAUUGAAAGAGCUAAGAUCUCUGCCUGUCGAGACCGGCAAUUCAGUAGCAAACUCCCCAAGUUACUUGAGUGAAUCUGAGGAUAACCUGUCAGAAGAAUCUGAAAACAAGGCAGAGACGACGACUGCUAAAUCAAUGGCUUCAAGAGUGUGCGGUGGGGGCAGUAUUAGUUCUGGUAAGAGCAGCUCUGUGAACAUGGACAAUUCCACGAGUCGAAGCACCAUUUCGCUCUGUGAGAACCGUAGAUGCGGGAGACCAAGAAAUCCAAAGUUGUUACCCGUCUGCGCCAAAAGGAGUAGCUUGGCAGAUUGUACCGUGAGAGAAUCAGGUUGUUUUGGUAAAACUCAGUAUAGGAAAAAGAAACCAGUGAAAAACGGGACACAGAUGAGACCAAACCCAUCAGAAGCUGAUCAAAACGUAGUGUUGAUGAGGGAGGAGCAUAUCGAUCAAGAUCAAACUCUGAAACUGUCCUCAACCGAUUCCUUUGUAGAUGAUAGCUCCUGUGGAAGAAAUGAAGAUGGCCAUAUAUCACCAGAAAGAACCAGAGAAGAUUUCGACUUGAACGUUUCGCAAAUCUCACUAGAACGCGAAGAUAAUGGUACUGAUACUGUCAUCACAGACAUGGUGCACAACAGUGAGAGUUCUUGUGCCGAACAGUCAUCUGUGCCAAUGGAUGUGGAAAUGCAGUGUAAGCCACAGGAGCUGCAGGUAACCGGUGAUCUGCUUCCUGGGCGGAGGCAGAGUACAAGGACCCGACCGUUGACUACAAAGGCACUGGAAGCUUUUGCUUUCGGGUACCUUGGUAACUCGAAAAAGAAGAGAAAGGCUAAGGAGGAGUCAAGAAGCAAGUCAAGCAGAACAAAGUCUACAAAGCGCAUCCAUCGACACUCACUUGUGUCCUCUGGCUUCAGAAACGGAACUGUGGAGGAUGGUUCGAACACUGACGAGUAUGAAUAGUCUUGGCUUUGAUCUGACCUUUACAGUCUAAUUUCAUUUUACAGUUUAUAUAUCUCAAAAAUGCGUUUUAGCUUCUUCUUUUUGCUAAAAUUUAUGGGAAUGCAUGUUAACUAAUAGUGUUAGUAUUAUUUUACCUUCUUUUCCAUAGAUAAAUGGUGUGAUGAUUAUCAUUUCCAAAAGUAAGGGUUGUUAUUCAAAACUA